GUGACUGGUGUGAGUGGAGGAGAAUCGGGAUGUUUGGAGUACUACCUAGAGGCGAUAGCAUGUUGUAUAGAGUAAGAGUUCAAUAUAACCAAAACUCUUUUACUUUUGUCUUCUGUUGUUGGCUUAUUCUUCCAGUGCGAGAUCAACGAUGGCAACGGCGACUGACAAAGCGACCGCUGUUAAGACGUCUUGUCUGGCACCCGUGGCCGCGGCGCCUCGCAUUGCAGAACCGCGGCCUGGUGAUUUAGACUACAAUUUGACCGAGGUGCUCCUAAGAUUCGCGGAUCGUGGGUCCAACCCCUACAAGGACACGCACUGCUAUACCAUGGAGUCCAUUUUCGGGCAUCUGCAGCAGCACGAUGAAAAUCAGCACGAAAAGAACUUACACAACAAAGAGUGUCGGGUGAACUCCAGCCCGAUCACGCGUUUUAACGGUCGCAACAAAGAGAACGGACAGCGGUUCUCGAAGGGUCUGCGUAAGGCUUUUGAGGUGAAAAGUAUCUUUCGCUAUCCUUCGCCAGAUUACCCGGGUUGUUUUCAGUGCAAAGGAACUCUUUCACCGCUGGAUGAUCCGCAGACGAGCGUGGAAUUCGACUCCUGGAGCGAUACCUUUUUUCGGGACUGUUACGUCAUGCGCAGCACGGACGGCAACGGCAAGGAAAAGUGGAACAGGCUCUGGCUUGAUUACGCUCUUCUGGAAGAUGAAGAGCCCAAGAAGUGGGCCACAGCCUCACCGGUCGGAACGGAGAUUCGUCCGUGCCGGAUGCCGUCGGACGAUCGGCAGCAUCACGAGGUCUCAACCCUGACUGCGUCUGCCCUUACAGAAUUACCAAGUUCGGAGGGUCGCGAUGUGUUGUUUGAGCGGGCUCUAGCUGGCACUUCCGCACUGAAAACUAAGGCAGAUGCGGCACAGUCAGGGUUGUCUGCGGACCUGAAGCAGACGAGAGGCAGCACAAAAAACUGCGAGCCCUGGAAUCUCCGUGUCGGUGACGUAGUUUUUGCAGACUUGCGAGCGCGCAAGUCUGGCGGGGUGAAGAACAUCACGUGUGGCACAGACGCCUGGGAUAUGGUGGUAUCCCUUCUGAUGGAUCACGUCUUUUCCGGGACCGACAAAAAGUUCCGUCUUGCAGACUACAAGGAAGGCGCCAGCAAGGAAAACUCAAAGCACUUCAGGAAACUACGGGAGCGCUGCGAUCGAUUUGCGCUGGCGUUAAAUGCCACGGACGACAAGCUCAUCCGAGAAAUCGCUACCGGGUACGUCUUUAAGACAGGCACGGCCGAAGAAAGCCACAGGGAUUCCUGCAUCACAUUCUUCAGAACGCCGACAAGCGAAGGCGUCGGGAAAGGCGACGCGGGUGCACAGGAUGCUGCCGGUGGUGGUUUGGAUUCUUCAGGGCACAACUGCGCAGACGACGACGUUGUGUCGAGUGCUUGCGGAACGAAUGGACAUUCUUCGUUGGAGCAAGGCGUUUUGUUCGACGAAAAGUAUCGGCGCAAUGCUUCUGGACUUUUCAAACUUGACAACGAACGCAAUGGACCCGAGGAACGCUUUGUAGAAAUGAAAAAGCACUGCGAACGCCACGGAACGAUGGCUCACCAAGAUUGGCAGUACGGUAGUGCGCUCAAGCGAUACUACGAAGAGACUAGCGACCUGUGGGGCUCGAAAUGCGUCGAGCUGUACGAGAAGUUACGACGUUCCGGACGCUUUCCGCAUCUGUUGCAAGUGCUGCGAUGGGUGAACUACGAAGAACCUAGUGCCGAGGAAAAAGAGGUUUCGCGGGGGGCCGCAGAAGACGAAGCGGCUCCGGCGGACAGCCCCGCAGCAAAGCGGCGCAAGACGACUUCGGAGCCUGUUACAACUGGAUGGAACCAUAACAUCCAGGCCGACGCUUCCCUGGGCGUCGAAGUGGACAACCCCGCACGUGCGGGGUACCAGUUUGCCCGACUCCUGCGCAACGCCCCCUAUCAUAUCGGCGACUACGAGAAGGGAAAACCCGCGGCUGCCAAGGAGCUCCGGGACUGGAUGGGCUCGAUAGAACAAGAAGAGGCGCCAGAAAUCUACAUGCACGGGGGUUAUUGGCUAAACUUGGACGAUGUCGAGCCGUGCAGAACUUAUCCGGGUAUCUACUUUUCUACUUGGGCGUCUUGGAAGGACAAGAGAGAGGAUCUGGUCUUGGGUAGGCCGAUGAAGGACGAGAAGGAAGAAGGGAAGACGUGGCCAACGUACGUCCACAUAAACGUGCAGAUUGCGGAUUUGAUGCAUUUCUUUUUGCAACAUUUUUUUCCGGAGCAGUGCGCUUCUGUGAAAGAAAUAAAUUCUGUGUGGGAGGAUGUUUGCAGAUGGCCAUAUCCCUACACGAGAGGAGGCAGGAUUUUGGAGAAACUGGAAAAGGAGUAUGACGCUGUGCAGGAAGAGCUGUGCUGCAAUGGGCUGACGAGCCACCUAGAAUGGGUCGGGAGUCACAGCGACGACGAAGGAAGACGACAGUUGCUUUGCGGGCUCGCGGCAGAGAAGCUGUUGGGGCAGCUUGCGCACAAAGAAAAGUGGCAUAUGUCGCCUACGACGAAAUACGAUAAGGUGCGCACGCUUUUGCACACGUAUCUUGCUGCAGUUGACUGGAAAAAGCCGCCCGGCACCUCUGACACUGAGGCAGCUGGGGACCCUGGCGACGAUGCCGUCAUCAAAGGUGAUAGAAAGUAAACGCUCAAGAAGAAGUAGGCACUCACGAGGAAGUAGAAGCAAAUUGCAAAGGAAGCUUGAUGGAGUCGGACGAAGGCAAAUACGGAAAGGUGACCAAGCUGCUUCAGUAUGCUUUGAGUACUUACGAAUGAACCAUCCAAAGGAAGAUGGCUGAAAAUGCGAGAUGUAAAA